CGCAGGCGGCGGCGCGGCAGCGGAGCAGGUGCGGGGGACGCGCCGAUACCGACAGCUCGCCCCGACGCCGCUUGCAGCCACGUUACGUCAGGCACGUCUGAGCUGCGCCGAGAAAUGAAUGAAUCGCGGCAUCGAGAGAAGCCCCGCGGGCACCCCGUGCCGCGUGCUGGCCGCCGGCGGACAGCAGGGGGCCACCAGCCCGCCGCCAGCGCCCCGAGCUCCGGCCGAACUGCGGAGCUCGGGGCCGGAGCGGGACCGCGGCUCCCGCUGCCCGACACCUGCCCGCGGCUCCCCCCGCCCGCACGCAGCGCGGCUCCCAGCCCAGCCCGCCCCGCCGCCAGCUCCAGCCUCGGAGCCCUCCCGCACCCGGAGCCGCCGCCCGGCCCGGAGCCGCCCCGCACCUGUCCGAGAGAAAGCGAUCAGGCGGCCGCAGCGAAGAGAGGCAGCCGACUGCGCUGCGCGGCGGAUAUACGCUCUACCCCGUCCCGCCCAGACUCAACGAACACUGCCAAGCUUCUGCCCCUCGUUCUCCCCGGGACGACUUCUUCCGUGCGCCGAUGACAGCUGCGCGCUGCGCAUGCGCGCAGCCCUCGCACGCCCGAGGUGGGUAGGACCGGGAGAGGGGAGAAGCUCGGAGGCCCAGCGGGAGGAACACGUGACGGGGACGAGCGCUCGCGUCACGUGCCCAGCGGCGACCGAUGCCGGCACCGCCCCCGGGCGGGGCAGCUGCGGGCGGGGAAGAUGCGCUGCGUGCGCGGGGGGUCACGUGGCUUCUGCUGGCAGGCGGCCGUGGGGGUCGGUGUGCUGUGGGGCGGCUGCCGCCCCGGACGGGCUACGGCGAGGGUCUUGCACUACGGCGCGGGUCGGGUUUGGCGGUGUGCAGUCUUCGGUUAGCUCUAGUAAGCUUUUUAGGAACUCUUCCAAUCCAAAGAAGACAGCAAUUGCAUUAUGCCAGGGUUCUGCCACAAGUUGACUUAGACAAAAAGUCAGUCUGGAGGCAAGUCUAGUACUUCUUCGAUCAGAAGCAGAAAUUGAGAAGGCUUAGUAAAGGGGCAGGGGGAGAGAGUGGAAGCAUUUUUCCCAUCUACAUUCUGUUUUCUAGAUUGUUUUAUUUUGUUUUCAAUAACCCUUCAUGCAGUAAUACAAGAAGAAACUAACUUUCUCUUUGGUUCAUUGCAUAGAACAAUUUUAAAGGGAAAAAAAUUAACCAAGUGUAUACAAGCUGAAAACAUUCCUUCAAAAUCUCAUUAUCUGUACUUGGCUCUAGCUUUAAUAUUCUUGAGAAACUAGAGAUAAAUAUAAUCUGUACUGGCCAGAAGUUGCCAUAUUUAUAAUUGUUCACUUAAAUUCUUAAAUAUAGUAUCUUACAACCUAUAGUGACUGUAGAAAAGAAUGCAGAUUUGAAAAUUCCAAUUUUGCCUUCAAUACCUUCUUUCUAACAAGAUAAUUUGGUUUUAGUAGCCAAACAUUUGACUAGUUUCAGCUAAAAUAUGCAGCAUCCUGUAGUAAAUAAGGUGUGAUUUAUAAGUAGUUAGAAUGAACAUUAAACUGAUAAAUCAUACUAUAUUUGGAAUUUUAAAGGCCAAUCAUUCUGAGAGUUAAUGCAAUGUAACUGAAAGCUGAAACAAAUUUUGACUUGAUUUUAAUGCGAUAUUCCUUAUUUAUUUUCAAUUUUAAAGUCGUUACAGAAAUCUUUGCCGGGAUCAUAUAUGUAUGAAACAGAAUUUAAAGCACUUAUUGCUGUCACAGCUGUGAGAAGCAACAUGAAUUCAGAGCCUUUAGUAUCUGACAAUAUAUCAACCAAGAAAUUCUUAAAGAUAAAUACAUUUUUGGCCCCACAGAUGAUUCUAUGCAGACUUCAGUAUGCUUAAAUUCAGCCAUCCAUCUCACUAAUAGUGCUAUAUUAGUACAUGCAAGAUCACAGUAGCUGAGGAAGACCAAGAAAUAUUCUUUCUGCCUUGACUUGACAUAAAUGAUUUUUUUUUUUAAUGUUGGUGCUUCUAUCUGUAAAACAGUUAAGCAUUUAGUGUAGUGGACUCAAACAAAGAUUGUAUUACUGAUGUUUCUGGGAUGUGUAUAGAAAAAAAAAAUCAAUACGUUGCAAGAGGAGUGAUGAGAAUGGUUUCCUUUCUGCACUGCCUUCUCUUUAGUGCAGUUGUGCAAUACGUAUAAUAAUCUGCUGGAUGUCAAUAUGACAUAUGCCAACAUAUGCUCGUUUUCAAAGAGCAAGAUUCUUUCCUGCCCUGCUUUGAAAGGCAUUAAGGAACUUUCACAUAUAUGACCAGGGUAAUGAUGACAUUUUAAGAGACAGUAGUUGAAGGAUCUUUGAUUCAAAUGGCAUCAGAAUGGCAAUCCAGAGGUCAUCCAAGGAAAGAUAAGAAAGGGUCACAAGUUCCAAAACAGCAGAAGUCUUUCAUCGGCCUGAUUUUCUUUCAUUUCUGCCUUUUAACUCCGCUGUGCAAAGUCUGGCAGAAUUCCAGUUCAGCUCUAGAUUCCCAUAAAUAAAAAUCCUGGCACAGUGUUAGAUUACUAUUUGGACUACUCUCUGAGAAGAGAUUUUGAGAAUAGGGAAUUUUAAGCACAGUUCACUGAUGGAAAUGAAAUCUGUUCACGUAACUUCCCUUCUCCGAAGAGAUCCAGAACUUUAAAAUGCAUGAGCUGCUUUACAGGUUCAAGACAAAUCCAUUUCACUGGGACUUGCACAGCUGGCAUAGCUUCUAAUUUUCUAACCAGAUGAAAAUCUGAGGACAUCAUAGAAUUAAUUGUAGGACCAGGACCUCAAAUUAGAACUUCUUUUCAAAAUGAGCAAGUCAGCUGGCUUAAGUGGGUUUUUGGAAACUCUCAUUACUAAAUUAGUAUUACUGUGCUCAUACCUUUUAUUUGAUUUUUUGAAGAAGCAAUUGUACCGUUUGAUCUCAGAACUUCUUGCUGCUAGCAAUACUCUUUUCCAGCUGAGCCACAGCUAACAUGCCUUUUAUUCUUUCUCCUUUGUGUCCCUUUUAUCACUUCAGUGUGCUCUUCCAUGUGUUGCAAAGUACAGAUGGUGAAAUGCGUUGGGUCACGCAGUGUUGUCUUUUAAUUCUUUUGUGAGCUGUGGCGCCAGCUGAUCUGCAUUUUUCAAUUUCUGAUGAGUCCUGUGCAAUCAGUCUCUUUUGGUUUAAUCAUUAUGCUUGAAAUAAAGAAUGGCUCUUACCAGCUAAAAGUCAAAGGCAUCGGGCCAAAUUGUUCUUCCACAGACUUUCAUGUGAUUCAUGGUCUUUGCUGAUACUAAGAAGAAUAGGAAAAGGGAAAAAAUCUCCCAGUUUUACACAGUCAUGAACUCUUUACACAUAUUAGAAAUAAAGCUACAACAGCUACAGUAGGUAUAGAAGAGUGAAUGCUCCAAAAGGGCAUUCAAAUGUUACUUACAAGAUAUUUUACUGUAAAGAAAAAAGGGAAAGAAAGCAGCAAGUGACAAAGAAGCAAACUGUCUUAACAAGGGUGGUAUUUGUAGGCAAUGGUAUAUGGUGUUCCAGUAAAGGUCUUGAAGUAAUGUUUUGUACUAAGACAAACAACGUGAAGCACUGAAGGCGUGUGCAUGUAGCUUAACUCUAACACUGGAGAAGUAAGCCAUUUAGAAUAAAACAAUGAGGUUACUAAAACACAUAUGUUUUAGUAAAACAUAUAAAACAUCAAGCCCUGAUGAUGAGCUGCAUUUGAAUACUGUGUUUUCAAAAAAACUAGCUUUAUAAUAAAAGGUGGUACUCUAUGCAUUUCAAAGGCAUAGCCAGGCAGAGGUGGGGCAUUUUGAUAGUGUACACUGCCACCAUUUAUCUUCUGACCCUAGAUGUGUCAGGCUGUGGGUGGAAUUUUUGCUGAAUACAGGAAAUUUUUGUUAUGAUGGCUUAGGUCAAGUCAACAUUUUGCCCCUUCUGACAUGGAGAAAGCCUCUUUCUCUCGUGCCAAUUAAUCAAGCAAUUUAAAAUCUCUCUAUAUAAUUUUCUCAUAAAUCUGAACACUGUAGAUUUCAGUACACAUAAAGGGCCUUUCAGUGCAAAGAAAUAUCACAAAACCAUAAGGCAUCUGGGGUGAACAGAAGAGAAACUGAAAUCCCUCAUUUUCAACACUAAACAGUUCAAGCUGUCACUGGUUAUGUGCUUCUCUUUGUCUCUGCUGAUUUUUAUUUGUAGUCUUGUACAUAUCAGGUCUGUAGCCUAUACAGCUUUUUUUCUGUUUGUCUUUUAAAGUCUCUUUUCAAAAUCUUUAAAAUAAAUUGAAAGGGUAGGUUUUUCUCAAUCAUUUCUGCCUGAAUAAUACAGGUUAUACUGUUAAAAAAUCUGGUUAAUUGGGAUUCAUACCCUACAAAGAAUGAAAGUAAGCUAAGCCUGAUCACAGUUGUCAGCUGUGGUUGUCUACUUUCCAGUUUAAAAGAUAUUCUGGAAAUUCAUACAUUCUUUAAAAAAAAUGCUGUUAACUGUAUCCAGCUGUGUAGGUGGAUAUACCUUUUCUUACUUCUUUUUGGAGUUCCUGAAGUGUGAGAUGUCACAAGUAUAUUUCACAUACAUGCAGAAAUUAAAUGAGCUGCUUUCAGUUGCAUAUGCAAUUCCAUUCAGUCUUCCUCCAUUAUUUGCUCAAUAUUCCCUUAUGUUUUACAGACCAAGUAUCAGUCUUGUGUUCAAUUCUAAACAUUACUAUGUAGCAGCGCUUACUGCUGUAUUUCAGUUUAUUUACUGUUGCUGUUGCACCCACAGAGAAUUAACUACUUAAUCUGAGGUGGGAAUGUGUAGGGGAUGGCAAGUUUACAAUAAAGAAGGCAAUCUUACAAAUACAUUGGGUACUGACAAGACACUGAUAUUAUUGAGUAAACUUUGUAAGAUCUGAUACAACUUUAUUGAAUAUUCCAGGACCUUGCUCCAUGAUUUUUAGAAGGGACUUCCUUCCUCUAUUCCAUGGCUAAAUGAAAUGCAGAUCAAGUUUGACAGCUGAGGCCAUCACUGCAGUUGGUGGCAACCAGGUCUGAGUGCUGUAGUUAUUGGAUGAGAGUAACUGGCAGUGUAAGAGUAAAUGGUAAAAAAUGUGGUUUUCAGUGAAAGCAGUGAACCAAUCUAUUCUGGUAUGUUGGCAUGAAGUUGACAUAAUGUCUCUCUUUCUUUUGUGGAAGGAAGAAUGCUGCAAAAGAAUUUCCUGAAUGACUCAUACUUCUUUUCAUAUAUCCUAUAAGUAGGGGUUAGGAAGUUAAUAUACAGAUAGUUUUACAAAGAAUGAAAAUCAAGUGAUUGAGGACUUGACCCUUGCAAGAUAAAGAUUAUUUUUCCUACUCUAAAAACAGCUGUGAUGCUUUAGACUCUUUUAGAUUAUGACUACAAACAUGCUUUUCAGUGAAUGGAAAUCCUAAAAUAUAGUGUGAAUGGAUCUAACAGUGUGUUCCUGUUGCACCUCUCCG